AUGUCUCAAUCAUAUUCCCGUAACGUCGGCAGUCGUAGUGCUGGGGUUCAAGCCCGACCAACUGGUGGCAAAGGUCAUGUCCCUUCCUGGUCGCGUUCAUCGAAUGAAGAUCGUGUUUCCCCUCUUCACCUUACGCCCCGAGAAGAUGAAGUUAUCCAGGCAGGUGCUCUAGAUGAUGCGGUAGAACCGCCUUAUAACAAUGCCCGAGGCUCCUGGUGGAGGUUCGUGCCGCGUCGAGUUAGGCCCAUUUCUUUCCGAAAAGUCGUUAUUCUGGGCUUGAUCGUCACUCUUCUUGGUGCAAGCUUUAUUUGUACUACCAGGGAUUCAGGAGUGCCCUAUGUCCAGAAACCAGCUCUCAUCGACGCCUAUAUCCCUCCUAUGCCGCCGCCGCCCGCAGGUUACACCAUUCCAGGUGAAGCCGGUCACCCAGUCGAGUGGCUCCGCAAGAACACAUUCUUAGACUUGGAAGAUCUAUCAGCACAGCAGGUGCAGAUGCUGAUCGACACACGUCCAAAGGCAGCUUUCAUGUCUUUGGUACGAAACGAGGAGGUUGAAGAUAUGGUUGCCAGCAUCACCCAGAUAGAGGCUCGCUUCAACAAGCGUGAAACCCAUCAGUAUGAUUGGGUAUUCUUCAACAACGAAGAAUUCUCUGAGGAAUUCAAAGAAGCUGUCUCUAAGGCGACUUACUCCCAGUGCCACUUCGAACGUAUCAACGUAACAAAUUGGAGAAUUCCGAGUUUUAUCGAUGAGACUCGGUUUGAUGUUGGCCGUCAAUUCAUGGGAAGGAUCGGCGUUGGUAAAGCUUGGCUCCAGAGCUACCACCAUAUGUGCCGUUGGAAUGCUGGCCUCUUUGCAUUGGAAGACCGCCUCAAAGACUAUGACUGGUUUUGGCGAGUUGAACCUGGCGUCAAAUUCUAUUGUGAUAUCAAAUACGAUGUGUUCCGAUUCAUGCAAGAGAACAACAUGUCGUACGGAUUCAACAUGGCUAUCCUCGACGAUGCUCGAUCUUUCCCUUCUCUCUGGGAACACACCAAAGACUUUAUCGACAGUAAUGGGGAGCUCAUACACCCGGAUGCCGAUUUUAACUGGUUAUUACACGACCCUAAGGAUCGCGACGAGACUCUCCAUCCCAGUACUGGCAUUCAACACGCCUCUGGUGAUGGUGAAUAUAACAACUGCCAAUUUUACUCGAACUUCGAGAUCGGCUCUCUAGAAUUUUUCCGUGGCGAAGAACAUCAAGCUUAUUUCGACCAUCUAGACAGAGCUGGCGGUUUUUACUAUGAGCGAUAUGGCGACGCCCCUGUUCACACGCUCAGUGUCAAUAUGUUCUUGCCUAGAACCCAAAUUUGGUACUUCCGCGAUAUUGGCUACGCACAUGGACUUUGUGAACAAUGCCCUCCUCAUGAGCACCAGCUCUUACUUGGAUCGGAACCGAACGGCCAAGUACCACGAGAGGUCGGACAACAGGCCAAUGAGAGCGAACCGAAAACGCUUGAUUUUGAGACGCUCGUAAUAGGACCAUUUGAGAGCUUCGGCAGCAAGCGUCGAGAAUGGGAUGAGGUGGCUCGCGACGUCAAGCGUCAGAUGGGAGUACCCGGCCUUUCGUGUGGCUGCACGACGAGUGCGAUCGACAACAACAAUGCGAAACUAGUACCCUUUGAAUCGAAGCAGCGUAAGCCUUCGGACCCGUGCAUUCGUAAGUUUCUAGGGGGUAGAUGGCUCGUUAGGAAGAACAAGAUGUCUGAUUUCAGCAGUGAUACAGGGAAUUCUGCAGGCAGUGAUGAUGCUGAGUAUAUUCUGGAUGGUAGAGAAUCUAACCCCAUCCAGUAG